CGAGGUGAAUAUGCACACCAAAUCUUAAAACGAGAAAGAAGAAAAAGAAACAGUUUUUGGUUUUGAGAUUUUCAGAGUUUGAAAGAAGAAAAGAAAUGGCUGAAGUUGGACAAGUGAUUGCCUGCCACACCGUUGAGGCCUGGACUGAGCAGCUCGCCAAGCUACAGCAACCCAACAAAUUGGUUGUUGUUGAUUUUACUGCUUCAUGGUGCGGGCCUUGCCGUUUCAUUGCACCCAUUUUUGAAGAGAUUGCCAGGACCUUCACCCAUAUUACAUUCUUGAAGGUGGAUGUUGAUGAACUGAAGUCUGUUGCUGAAGCUUGGGGUGUGCAGUCAAUGCCAACAUUUAUGUUCUUGAAAGGAGAUAAAAUAGUGGACAAAGUUGUGGGUGCCAAGAAAGAGGAGCUGUUGAUGGCCAUCGGAAAGCAUACUAGCUAGGCCGCUCAGUUAUUGUCUGAUUGCUUUGUGUUUAUAUAUCUUUGUUGUCAACUUUCGGUUGUUUAUUUCUUUUGUUUGUUUUGCCGUUGUUUAUGUCUGUUGUCAACUUUCGUUUGUUUUGCC